AUGUAUGUGUGUAUGAUGAAUCCUCUCUUGUUACCUUUUAAAGGAGAUAAUAAAACUAGUAAAAAAAAAAUUGAUAUUAAAAUAAAAAGUAAAGAGGCAUAUAACUUAGAUUUAGUACUCUUAAUUAAUAGGAAGAGGAAAUAUGAAUAUUAUAAUGUAUAUGUGUAUCAUAUAAUUAGUUUAGUUAAAAAAAAUAAAGUACAAGAAAGAUAUUUAUUAUCAUUACAGAAAAUGAAAGAAAAUAUCUUAAAAAAUAAAAGAAAAAUAAAAGAAUAUAAAAUUAGAAAAAAAAAUAUUCCAACAAAUAAUAUUGUAAGGAAAUAUAUUGAUACAUAUAUAUAUAUUAUAAAAAGAUAUUACAAGAAUGAUGAUUAUGAAGUCUUAUUAACUUUGUUCAACCUUCAUCAUGCAUUAUACAUAUUUUUAUCACAUAUAUUAAGAUUUUAUAAUAUGUUUCACAUUACGAAGAAGAAACAAGUUGAUAAAAAAGAAAAAAGAAAAAAAAGAAAAAAAAGAAAAAAAGAAGAAAAAAAAAGUUUAGCAUCAAAUAGCAAGGGUUAUAAAAAUGAUAAAUUAUUUCUAUGGGUAGAAAAUGACAUAUGUAAUACAUAUUGUUAUGAUAAUAAUUUUGUGAUUAAUAAUUAUGGAGAUAUAAAAUUAAGAAAUAAUAAUAUACAUUUUGUGAUUCCUAAUAUUAUUAUUAUAAAAUUAAAUGAAUUAUUUCACCAUAUAAAUGUUAUUAAAUAUAAGUGUCUUUUUUUUUACGAUAACAAAAAGUCUGAUUGGGAGAUACUUAAUCAUAUCGAGAUGAACAAACAAUUAAAAAAAAAAAUAAAUAAUAAUAAUAAUAAUAAUAAUAAAAAUGAAUAUUUAUUUUUAUAUUUAUAUUUAUAUUUAUAUACAUUUAUGUAUAUUAAAGAUAUGCCUUUUUAUCUAUAUAAUAAAAUAAAAAAAAGAAAUCCUAAUACGAUCUUUAAUCAUCGUUUGUAUUUUUCUCUAUAUGGAAAGAAAUAUUCUCCUUAUAAAAAUACUUGUCUGAGUAAGAAAAAAAAAAAAAAUAACAUAAAAAAUUAUAAUAUUAGCAUAAAUAAUGAAUACCACAGUGGUGAUGAUUUUAUAUUCUAUAAAAACUUUUAUCAUAAUAAUGAUUUGUUAUAUAAAAGUAAAAAGUGUACAAUGAAACAUUGUGAUUAUAUAAUAAAUACGUUAGUUUCACAGAGAAAGUUCCGGACCGUCCAAAAAAAAUUCAUAUCAAAAGGAUUUUAUAAUAAAAUAAUAAAAAUAAAGAGAAAAGGCAUACACUCUUUCUUUGAUUGUGUAUAUUUUUAUGUAUAUAAUAAAGAUAAAAAUAUAAAUAUUAGAAAUAUAUAUGAUAUAUUGAAAUGUUUAUGUACAGAUCAUAUAUUUUUUUAUCGAGCAAUAAAAGUUCUAUUUCUUUAUAAUUAUAAAUAUUAUAAUAAUAUUUAUAAAAAAGAAAAUAUCUCAAAUAUAUUUUUAUUGAACAAAAGAAAUGAUAUGUUCCACAUGUAUGAUAUUAUAUAUAAUAUAAAUUAUAUUUAUGGAGUUCAUAAAAAUAGGUAUCCUUUUAUUAAUCUGUCUAAUAAAUAUUUCCUUUUUUUUAUGGAUGGACCAAGGAUAAUAAUUCCUUUACGAAAUGUAAAAGUAUUCUUACCACAAGAAAUUAUUAAUAAACUUGUUUAUAAAUCAUCGACUUUAUAUGAUACACUACAUAAAAAUUUGAGACAUACUACUAGAACUAAUUUUUCUUUAGUAUACAAUAGUAAGGAUGGGAAUAAAAAAAGAAAGAAGAAAAGAAAAAAAAAUGAGCAACGUUUUGUAAAGAGAUAUAAUAAAUAUAAUGUAAAGGAAGGAUAUAAUAAUAUAUGUGAUGAUAAUAUGGGUUAUAAUAAUAUGUGUGAUGAUAAUAUGGGUUACAAUAAUAUAUGUGAUGAUAAUAUGGGUUAUAAUAAUAUAUGUGAUGAUAAUAUGGGUUAUAAUAAUAUAUGCGAUGCUAAUAUGUGUGAUAAUUGUCAUCAUGAAGAUAUAUUUAUCAAGGGAUGUAAAACAAAAAAACGAAAAAAAACAAAUUAUAUAGGAUAUAGUUCAUGUGACGAAGAGGAAUGUUUUAUUUCCGAAGAAAAGAAAAGAAUGUCAAGGAUAUGUCCAUUUAUAAAUUAUAUGAAUGAUAAAAUUAUGAACUCAUAUUUAUCAGAAGCAGUGUUUGAACAGAAGACUCUAGAAAUGGAGCUAUCCAUUUUAAACAAAGGGGGGAAAAAAGGGAAAAAUAUUAUAAGAAAUGAAAAAGAAGAUGGUAUGGUAGUGUGUCCAGGAAUGAAUGAAGAAAAUAUAUUGCACGAACAUUUUAUAAAUAAAAAUAAUAAAAUUGACAACAAUAAUAAUAACAACAACAAUAAUAAUAACAACAAUAAUAACAACAACAACAAUAAUAAUAAUAAUAAUAAAAAUAACCCUAAUUAUGAUAGAAGGUUCGAUGAUGACGCUUCAACUACCUCGUGCGAUAAACAAAUGAUUUGUAUUAAUAAAGAAAAGAAAGUGUUAAUAAAAAAAAAAAUGGAUGGAGUAUUAUGUGAUGACUUGCCACAAGAAUGUAUAGAUAAUAUGUUAAGAACUACAUGUAGUAUAAGUAUCCCUGGAUUACUUGAAAAAGAAAAUAAAGAUGAUACUGGAGAGAAUAUGAUUACUAGGUCGAAUAUAUAUAAUGGGAAUAAAAUUAAUGAUAAAUCAUAUGAUCAUAAUUCGUAUGAUGGAUAUACAUCAUAUGAUAAUAAUUGUAAUGAUAAUUAUAUUAAUAUUUCUAAUAAUAAUGACAGCUCGGUUGACGAGACACCCCAUGGUGUCUCAUCUAAGGAUAAUAAUAAGAACAAUAUUAAUAAGGAUGAUUAUAUUAAUAAGGAUGAUUAUAUUAAUAAGGAUGAUUAUAUUAAUAAGGAUGAUUAUAUUAAUAAGGAUGAUUAUAUUAAUAAGGAUGAUUAUAUUAAUAAGGAUGAUUAUAUUAAUAAGGAUGAUUAUAUUAAUAAGAAUGAUUACAUUAAUAAUAAUAAUUACAUCAAUAAUAAUAAUUACAUCAAUAAUAAUAAUUACAUCAAUAAUAAUAAUUACAUCAAUAAUAAUAAUUACAUCAAUAAUAAUAAUUACAUCAAUAAUAAUAAUUACAUCAAUAAUGAUGAUUAUAUUAAUAAUAAUAAUUACAUCAAUAAUAAUGAUCAUAUUAAUAAUAUUCCUUAUGGCGCUAGAAUUAAGGAUGUAAAUGAUUUGCCCAUAAAAUGUAAGGAAUGUACUGAAAAUGAUUGUAAUAUAUUGGGCUAUGGAAAUUAUGAAUGUAAUAAAAAGAAUAACCGUUUUGAUAAAUGCUGUAAAGAGAAAAUAAAUGGUGGCGAUUUAGAAGUAGAGGUUAUGGAAAGGCAUAGUAAUAUAUUAAUUAACAGAGGGAUAAAAACAAAGAAAUGUGUUGAUUAUUCUUUAUAUAAUACAUAUGCGAAAUCAUCUUUUUUACAAUGUGCUGAACAAGCAGAUAAUCAUUUUAUAGGUAAUUAUUUAGAUAGAUAUAGUGAUGAGAAUUAUUUCCAUUUAAGGCAAAAAAUAAAGUUAUGUUUAUCAAGAACGUUUGCUAAUUUGAAGACAACUAGAGAAACUUGUGUUUUACAUUUUACAAAUUUGAUUUUUGAUUUAUAUAUAAGUAGAUUUAAUUCAAAAGAAGAAAUAAUUAAAAGUAUAAUUGAUGAUAUUGUAACAGAAGAAAAACAAUUUUCGGAUGUUAUGAUACAAUUAUUAAAAGAAUAUUAUCCGAAGAUAUAUAAUGAUUUUAUAUAUAAAGAACAAUUAAAAAAUAAAUAUAAAAUAUUAUAUGAAGAAUUAAAAGAUUCAUGUGAUUUAAUAUAUCAUUUCAUAGCAAUUAUUUGUUUAUUUAUUUCUCAAAAAUAUUAUAAUUAUAGAUUAAUAUCUAUAGAUUUAAUAGCAAAAACAUAUUGUAAAAGUCAUUUAGAAGGAUUAAAAAAAGUAUAUUCAUAUGAUAACAUAUUAAUAAAAGAUGCGUCUCCAGAUUAUUAUUCAGCUACACAAUAUUUAGAUACAACCUUUUCAUCUUAUAGUGUAAAUAAAAAUUUCGCGUUAGAAGUUGAAAUAUGUAUACUUAAAAAAUUAAAUUAUGAUUUAUCUAUACCAACACCAUAUAGUUUAUUAGAUAGUUUAUUAAAAGCUAAUGAAAAUCUUAAUUUCUUAAAAACAAGAAAUGAUUAUAAUUCAACAGAAGGAGAAAUUUUAUUAAGAAUUGCAAGUAUAGAUAAUACUUUCUUAAAAUAUAAAUCUUCAACAUUGGCUAUGGCUAUAUAUGAAAUACUCAACUUUAAUAUAUGUAAAGACAAAAUGCAGAAAGAACUUUUUGUUUUUUCACAAAAUAAAUCUUAUUAUGACGACAUAACUACUCAUAUGGAUUAUACACCUCAAAAUGUCAUUAUUAAAAAUGAACAUAUGGCUGAUAAACAAAAAGUAGACAUUUAUUCUGAACAAAAAUAUGAUCACACGAAUGAUACUACUAUUAAUAUUAAUAAAUAUAAUGAUGGUGACAAUAAUAAUAAUAAUAAAUAUAAUGAUGGUGACAACAACAACAAUAAUAAUAAUAAUGAUGUUGAUAAGGGUACACAUAAAAACAAACAAAUACAAAUACAAUUACAAAAUAAAUAUUAUUCCUCCAUUCUUUUAGAUAAUGAAAGAAAAGAAAAAGAAAAAAAAAACGAAUUAAAAUUAUUAAAAAGACAAGCAAGAAGUUUGGUUAUUGCUGAAGAGGAGGAUCGAUUUAUAACAGCAUCUAAAUAUAUUAAUGAAAAAAAUAAAAUGUUUAAAUUAAUAAAAAAUAUUAUAAUAUAUUUGUGUUCACUUAUGAAAAAAAAAAUACCCAAGUCUUAUUAUAAAUGUGAUUAUGAUUUUAGUAAUAAACUAAAUUAUUAUAUUAAGCGUUUCCAAAAAGGAAAACAAAAUUAUAUGAAAAAAAUAAAGAAAAGCAACAAUAAUAAUAAUAAUAAUAAUAAUGGAAAUAAUAAUGGAAAUAAUGGCAAUAAUGGCAAUAGGGGAAAUAAUGGCAGUAGUGGCAAUAAUGGCAAUAGGGGCAAUAAUGGCAAUAGGGGCAAUAAUGGCAAUAGGGGCAAUAAUGGCAAUAGGGGCAAUAAUGAUAAUUCCAUUUUUAAAGAUGGAUGUAAGGAGGACACAUAUUAUAAUAAAAAAAAAAGAAAAUUUCAACAAUCUUAUUCAUCCGAGUGCACAACGUACAUUAGAGAUAUUAAUCAAGAUAGUGCAAACAUAAAAAAGGACACAACAAAAAUAGAAUAUAACAACAUAUAUGAUAAUAAGAAAUCUAGUUAUCACAAAAAUAAAAAAAUAAAUACAAAUAAAGAAAUACGUUCACACAAAAAAGAAAAAAACACAAAAGUUAUACAACAGGUGGACACAAAUAAAAUUAAGAAAAAUAUAGACAACUCAUUUAAAAAAAAUAAGAAAUUAAAUAAGAAACAAGAAAAAAAUGAAAAACUAUUUUGUGAAACCAAGAAAAAAAUUAUUAAACGUUUCAAAAAAUAUAUGAAGAAAUUAAUAAAAACCAAGUAUGACGAUAUACCAAUACAAUAUUGUACAUCAUAUAUUUUACAAGGAAAACAAUUAAAGAUAUACCUAAAAAAAAAAGAUCAUCAUGAUUUUCAUAUGAAUAAUAAUAAUAAUAUAUAUCAAACGGAUGAUCAAAAAAAUAAAAAUAAAAAUAAUAACAAUAAUAAUAAUAAUAAUAAUCAAAAUAAUAAUCAAAAUAAUAAUAACCGUUGUGGUAUCAUUAAAUUAGAAACACACAAUAAAUCAAAAAAUAAUUACAUCAUUGGAACGCGUACGAAAUCCACAGAUGAACAUCUUAUAUAUUAUUAUAAUUAUAUUAGCAAAUUAAGAAACAGACUAAUUAAAGGCUUGAAAUAUUUCCUAUUUCGAAUUAGUAAAAUAAAAAAAAGAAAAGUACGCCUACAUAUUAUGAACUUGAAUUAUUUAAUUAAUAAAAAAAAAAAAAAAAAAUAUAUCAAGAAAAAAAAAACUAUAGUCAAAAAUAUGUCUUUCUAUAAACAACUCAUCAAAGAAAUAAAGAUUUUAUUUCUGUGGAUUUAUAAAUUAACAAAUAUUGAAAUAAGACCACUCAUACAUUUUAAGGAUUUAAAACAUAUCACCAUUAUAAAAAAAUAUGAACAAAAUUAUUCCCACUAUAUUAUGAACAAGUUUAAUAAUUCCCACAAUACAAAAAAUCCAUCCUGUAGUAAAAAAAAUAAAAAUAUAAAAAAAAAUAAUUACAAUACGACAAAUAAUAAUAAUUAUGAGAACACUACCAUUGUGAAAGAAUCUAAUAAAGAAGAAACAAAAAAAGGUGUAAAAAAUGAACGUGUGAAAAAUAAUUACAGUGGAAAAAAUACUCCAAAAUGUUCACCAGCGAUUACUUUAAAUACAUCUAAAGAAAAGGUACAAAUUAAUAAGGAAAUAACAAAUAUGAAAAAAAAAGGCAGAACCAAAAUGAAUCAAGAAUAUAUAGAGGAAGUAAUUAAAUGUAUUACAUGGGAUGAUAAAACAUUCUAUCCAUUUGUAAAACACAACUCUUUAAUGAGUACACAUCAAAAGAGUUCUGAUAAGAAAGAGGGACAAAAGACUCAUUCGGCUUAUGAAUAUAAAGAUAAUAAGAAAGAGUUAGCAUACCGGGAAAAUGAAAAAGAUGUGGGUCGUGAAAAUAAGAUAAUCUUUUUUGAAGAACAUAUAAAUAGAAGCAACAAUAAAAACAUGGAUACAACACCUGGUGCAGAUGAGAAAAAAAAUAAAAAAAUAAAUAUUAUAAACGAUAUGGAAAAUCAGAAAGGGAAUGAAAAUAAAAGUACAUAUGAAAGUAUCGAUGAAUAUACAUCACAAUAUGAAAGCUUAUAUACAAAUAUACAGCCUAAUCAGUAUAACAACCAAUAUACAGAUCAACAUAAUUAUCAACAUAGGUAUCAAUAUAAUGACAAUUAUAAUAAUAAGAAGUUUUCUAUAAAGAAAAAAGAGUACGAAACAUCCUUAGAAAAAAUGAAAAACACUUUAGAUGAUACUCUUCCAAACAAUACUCCUAUUCUUUCAACAACCGAUUUACAAAAAAAUAUAGAUAAAAUAAAAAAUACAGACUGGAUAACCAUAAAUGAUCCACAAGUAGAUGAAUGUGCUAAGGAAUUAAUGGAGUGUUUUUUAAAAUGGAAAAAUAAAAAUUAUAUUUCCAAAAAUUGGACUUUCAAUGAAUAUCCAAAUUGUAAAGAUUAUUAUUUUUCAUUAGUUUUUGGAGAUUUAAAAUCUUCUGAAACACUUAAAGGAAUAAUAGAAAUGAUACAUAUGAAAUAUAACCAUUUGUUGAAUAUAUACAAAGAGAUAAAUACACAAAAUAAUAUAUUAUAA